AUGCGGACGGUCUAUGUGGCAUUGGGUUUUUGCAGCUUUGCGUUCUCGAUGAUCUCAUUGAUGAUCUCCUCACGGAUGGUGCUUUCGAUCAACAGAUUGCCGGCAAAGCAUGCCUUAGCCUGCCUUGAGGAACUGGACAGGACAGGUGCUUCAAACGCUUUUUGGUGGUUCAACAGAAGCCUACUCUUUCUGUUGCUUGACGUCCUUUUGUCGGUGUACAUGCUAUAUGAUGGUCUCUGCUUCGCCCUUUGCAGCGUGCUCACAAUUUUGCCUUUAUGGAUGAUGUACCACCUGCACCAGGUACAUGUAGGAGUGGUGUGGCCUAUGAUGAGCUUUUCCCCCCAUGACAGCUCCGAUUCCCCUGAUCCGUGA